AUGGUAUACGCAGAGGUUGUAAGAAUGAUAACCUUCACUUCUGAGUCAUUGGUAUCGGUAUGUGAAAACAUAAAUGUAUUAAGAUCAGUCAAUUUGUUUGGUGGGCUUGUUGUGCUUCCAUUUAUUGUUCAGGGUUUAUGUGAUAGAGAAAAACCACAAUUCUGGGCCGUCAAUAUUGUAGCGAUGCCGUUAUUGUUCACAUACUAUUUUUUGUUCUACACAGAUAUUUGGGCAAGUAUUUUGAUAGUGGCAUCAUUAGCAUUGGUGGUAAGACAGCCAUUUGGGUUCAUUACAAGCUCGUAUUUUAGUGGAAUAGUUGCAUUUGCCAGUUUAUGGUUUCGUCAAACGAAUAUUAUUUGGAUUGCGUUCAUUGCAUCCUUGCUAAUUGACAAGAGAAGAAGAGAGCAUCAUAAGGACAUGGGAUUUUUACAAAAUACUGUCAACUUCAUUCGUCAGGCUGUUUUAGAUUGGAUUGCCAUUCUUCCAUUUAUAAUCAACAUACUCUUAUUUGCGAUAUUUGUUAAAUAUAACGAAGGAAUAACAUUUGGAGAUAAAGAAAAUCACAAGCUUAACUUGCAUAUCGUUCAAGUAUUCUAUUGCCUCACAUUUAUAGCAAUGUUUACAUGGCCCGUGUGGUUGUCCAUUCGUUUGAUAAAGAGAUACAUUUGGUUUACAAUACUAGGUAAUCAUGGUUUAAAUACCGUAUUCACGAUAGGUUCAUGGAUAUUUAUUAAAUUUAUUAUUGAUAAUUAUACAGUUGUUCAUCCAUUUUUACUAGCCGAUAACAGACACUAUACAUUUUACAUUUGGAAAAGAAUUCUCAAUCAAGAAUAUAGUAAUAUUUUUAUGAUUCCAAUCUAUCAUUUUUGCACUUGGAAUAUUAUUGACUCUUUGUCACUUAACACUAGUGGAUUGACUCCAAUUACCAUCAUUACAUUCAUCGGGGGCAUUUUUAUCACUAUUAUUCCAUCACCACUUUUCGAACCUCGUUAUUAUAUUGUUCCAUUAAUAAUUUAUCGAUUAUAUGUUAGACCAUCCAAAGAAAAACUCAUUGGUAUUAGCAUGUCAAGACAUAUUUUAGAAUUUGCUUGGUUAAUAUUUGUUGAUGUGACCAUAAUGGUUAUUUUCUUGGGGUAUGAAUUUACGUGGUUAAGUGAACCGGGAAAAAUCCAAAGAAUUAUAUGGUAG